CGUGAGCACUCAAAACGAGGAUUCUAAGGGAAAAGACGAAACACGUAUCCGACUAUUCUAGUUUAUUUUGACACGUCUGUAUUGUUUCUUUUCUUCACGAAUCGUGUUGCUACGUCGACUGCCUAUUGGAUGUUUGAAGGCUCUGUCUCAUUCAUUGUUGGACAUUUCUGCUGGAAAACUCGAUUUGUGUGGACGAGCAGCUGUUUGCAUUUCCUACCCAGAGGACUUCCCUGAAGAUCAACUGAAGAGGUGUGGCGUUCCCGGGGUGGUGUCAUGGUGGGAGCAGUAAGAUGUAGAGUGCUGCGAGGCGUGUGAGCGUGGAAGAGCCCAGCUACAUGCCCCGGCGGUCACGGGGGGCGGAGAGCGGCGGGAGACGUCAGAGGGAGAUAAGAUAAGCUGUUAAUUAUUUUCCACGGAGCCGCGACAGCGCCCGUCUGAAUGCGCUGCUUGUUCUACCUCCUCCCACACUGAACUUGUGCUUCUUCAUCGCUCCGGAGGGGAUUUUGGAGGACCGGCGUAGGAGGACCUAGCUCAGACCAGCGCCAUGUGUCAUGUGAUCGUCACAUGCCGCUCCAUGCUCUGGACCCUGCUGAGCAUCGUGGCGGCGUUCGGGGAGCUGAUCGCCUUCAUGAGCGCCGAUUGGCUGGUGGGAUUUCCACGGAUACCUGAGGCCAAGAUAGGGCACCACGGCUCCCCCGAGCCAUACCAGCCCACGCUGGGCAUCUAUGGGCGCUGCAUCAAGGUGACGGGUCACCGGAGGGGCAUCCUGUGCGGGCCGUACGCCGUGCACUUUGGGGAGAUCGCCAGCGGGUUCUGGCAGGCCACCUCCAUCUUCCUGGCCGCAGGGAUCCUGCUGCUGUGCGCAGUGGCCUUCAUCUCCGUCUUCACCAUGUGCUUCCAGAGCAUCAUGAAGAAGAGCAUCUUCAACGUGUGCGGCCUGCUGCAGGGUAUCGCAGGUCUGUUCCUGAUCCUGGGCCUGAUGCUGUACCCAGCUGGCUGGGGCUCAGACAAGGUCCUGGCGUACUGCGGUCCCGACGCCUCACCCUACAAGGUGGGCCUGUGCUCUCUGGGCUGGGCCUUCUACACCGCCAUCGGGGGCACGGUCCUCACCUUCAUAUGCGCCGUCUUCUCCGCCCAGGCCGAGAUCGCCACCUCCAGCGACAAAGUGCAGGAGGAGAUUGAGGAGGGCAAGAGCCUCAUCUGUCUCCUGUGAGGGGUGCUUACGACCGUUCUCCUCCCCACCCUCCAGCGAGUGCCUAUCCCCAUUCAGUAAAGGGAUCAAAGACAUUGUUUACCACUAACUAGCCUGCCUGUCUUUCUCUUUUUGAGUGUGUCACUGACUCUGUGUUGAGUCAUUCACCUUGUUGACUUUUUUAUUUUAUUUUUUGCACCAUGACACCAUUCAACGCUGCAAUCUCUGGUUUAAUGGUGUCAGCACUAGCUUUCCUGACACAUAAUGAAUUGUAAAUAAGUUUGUAUAUACUGUACAGUAUCUUUCCAGACAAUGUGGGAUUUUGUUGAGGGCUAUACCUUUUUUCUCCAGGCUUGAAAAACAGCAGAUUUACCAGACAGUGGUUAGCUACUUUUCUUGCCUAAUUUUUUUGCCAAGUUGAAAUAACUGUACAAAAAACCACUAAAUGGUAAAUAAACUGUAAUGCUAGCAGUGUCCUCAAUUCAGCCUGGCUUUUCAGUUUCCUGUCAAUUUGCUGAAUGUAGAUGAAAAGAAUGAGACGAGAUGAUUCUUGAAAUGUACUAAAAUAUGCCUGGAACGCCUGCAUUGAUUACAGGUUCUUGCUUGAUUAAACUGCAUCUUUGAUUCACACAUAACUCUUCUUUCGUGGACUGUGGGGUUAUUACCAUCUUCUCGCUCCAAAGGAUUAAUCCUGUUUGUCAUCUUCAUUUGUCAGUUGAAGACUAAUGCGUCUUGCAUGUUCCAUACACAAGCCAUGUAGGGAAUUCAAGCUAUCCUGCUAAAUAUAUUGGGAAAGAACCCAUGCAAAAGACAGCAAAUAGCACCGUGUGAGCACAGUGCCAAUGGCUUCUUCCCAAAACCUGCUCUCAGUGCGUGACAUUAUCCAAUGUCCCUUUCUUAGUGACUGACUCUGCCAAAGAAAAAGAAGAGGAGAGACCGGAUUCUGUUUUUGAGUUUUUCUCCUUCCAGAGCCCUUCUGGCCUCCAGCAUCAGCAGAGGAAGCGGGUGGGAGUGUAAGACUCCUGACUUUGGUCUACUGUUUCCGCCAGUAGCCACAUCCUGGAGCCGCCAGGCCUCAAACAGACCCCACCUUCAUCUCAGGACCCCAACAGCAGUUCCCUGGGUGGGGCUGAGAUCACAUUAAACAUCUGCGCACAAGUGACAUUGCUUCUCGUUGCUGAAAUACGUAAACACCUUGAAUAUAUGGUGUGGUGUGCACGGUUCUGGAAAAUACUUCUCAUUUGUUGCUUCUGAAAUAUGGAGAUAAUAUGUCAGGUGGUUUUUUUAUUUGCCAGUGGGGAAAACACUGAAUUUAAGACACCGUUUGUCUGUCUGGCUAUACUCUGUAACCCUAAGCUGCCUCCAUUUUUCCAAUGGACAUCAGCCCUACAUGAUUUUUCACUGUUUCAGGCCCAUCUUGGUGUCUGUCAGGUUUCAUAUGUUUCAGUCCUGAAAUGGCAGUCUCUCUCCCACACCUCCUCUAUAUCUCACUGAGGAUUUGGGCCAGGGGGUGAGUCACCGUGACACAUGCCACAGCACAUUAAAAAGCUGUAGCUCUGCCAUGUUCCAUCGGUACUGGGUCCAGGAAAACCCUCAAUUGCUUCCAGAUAUGACACAGUUUUGUCUCGUUUAUACGUUUCUGCUCUUUUAUUCAAUAUGUUGAGAGAGAGGAAGUUAUCAGCACUUUAGUUUAAUGCAAGUCACUCCACCAGUGAUUUAAGACUGGAACUGUUGCCGUUGGACGAGGUUUGAUCAUUUUAUUGCCUCGUUUCCACACAAUGGGUCAAAUCCAUUGGGGAUUUACCUUUGGAAGUGACUUGAUGGCAGUGCAGGUCUGGUACUCCAAUUAUUAAUGACUGAAAUAAAGACUUGAACACAAUUUGACCUUUGCACUUCAAGUGUUGUGAUUAUAUUCAUUUGAGGGCUGGGGGAACAGGCAGGAGUAGCAAAAGUGCCUCAAAAGCACACGCACCUCAGUACUGAACAUUGACUGCACUCAGUAUGUCCUACCCAUUUCCAUCUCGCUUUUUCUGUCUCACUCACUGCAACAUAUUCUAAUUUUAAUUACUAUUUUGAAGAAUGAGGGUAAAAACACGGCCAUAGGCAACCCAGUUAUAAGGUUUUGGUCACUGGUGUUCAGAAUGGAAUACAGUAAAUGAGUGAUUCGUAUUACACACACUGAGAAAUAUUCAAUCUCCAGCAUGACUGAGACAUUGGAGCUUGUUGCUCAUGUGGGGUAUCCCGGUGCUGUGCAUUGGGUGCAUUGGUUUUCCUCUUUGAGACUGUUGGCUUUGAUAUGUGUAUGUUCUGCAUGGUCUCACACCUCUUUCUGCAAUAUAUAAUAUUGUAAUAUGUAACAUCCAAAUUUUGUAAGAGAUGUGCAAUAUUGUAUGAAUUCAGUGUUUUUGGAGGAAGAGGCAAGAUGUGGAAGCCAUGUCCCCCUCAAAACAGGAAAUGACAUUUCAACACAUGCGGCUUUGGGGUUCUCUCUCCCUCACAUUAUCUGUUACAGCUUUCUGUCAACAUUUAGCCAGUAUUACAGACUCCACCUUUCCCUGCUUGUCAUCUCACCCUAGCAUACAUUUAAUUCACACGAUUGACAGUUUUUUGUUAUAUUAACAAGAGAAAGAUGACGUGUUUCAGUGAUUGCAACUGCAGCUUGUGAUGGAAAACAUGAACUCCAGUCAACAAACAAAAGGGGUUUGAUGGUUUCGUGCUCUCCUGAGGAACAGGAACUCACUGCUGGCUUUGGCAUUGCAGUCAGUAUUGUAUGCAGUUGCUGUUAAAAAAGGAACAAACAUUUUGGUGCCUGUGGGGGGCUUUGAUAUUCUCCCACAAUGAGCUGUGUUUUCAUAAGCCCUAUUGGACGGUUACCUAGUCCUGCUCUCCAUGCAACUUAAUUCCCAUUAUGAUAAGCAAUUACAUUGUUUCUCUGACAGUCUGUCACUGCAUAGUGUGUCCAAAAUGUGAAUUGACAGCCGUGGCUCUGACAGUGAUGACAUGUAAAUUAACGCUAUAUUUACACCUCAGGUUGCCUAUUUUUUAAAAGAUGUUUCCCUUUUCAUAGUUACAAGACAUGUUCUUAUAAGACCAGUUCAAGCUAAUCAUUCUGCAGUACUCCCUCCUUCAUUUGCUAGUAUUCCAGGCAGUUCAGUUCAACCAGGCUGCCACAAUCUUCCACAUUUCACGUGCCUGAAGUGGUCCUACGAACCCUUGAUGCUGGAAUUGAUAACGGCUCAAACUGUUCUUGCCAUUUAUGUGGGGUUUAGAGGAUAAAUCCUUCUUUCACCAACACCUAUUGUGUGUCUUAUUGGCAGUGUUUAUUUGCUGUUUUGUGUGUUCGUUAGAGAUUAUAAUGUGGGAAUGCUCAAUGAGACUCUCCGUCCUUUGUGGGUGUGAUUCCAGUUGGCCCUUUGUGCUAUCCCUCGUCCUUCAUCGAGUGUGCAGAACGCAUGCCACAUUUUUUCCUGUGAUUGCUGAAAGUGAUUUGUGCUCAUUUUGGAAUGAAUAAAUUUUGUAUUUGUUUUAAAA